UUUCAGAGGCAGAGAUGGCAGCCCAGGAAGCCCUGUUGCUGGGCACUGAGGUCGAACUGCCCAACAGUCUACUGGGUGAUGAUCAGGAUGAGCGCCUGCUGCUCCCAGGGGAGCUGUGUCAGCAUCUCUGCAUCAACACCGUGGGCUCCUACUGCUGUGCCUGCUUUCCUGACUUCUCACUGCAGGACGAUGGCCGCACCUGUCACCCAGAUGGUGAGCCCCCGAAGCUGGAGCCCCCAUGGGAGCCUGCACCAAGGACAGAGUUUGCCCAAGUGGCCCCUAACACUGUCCCACUGCCAGGGCCACAGCCCAAAACCUGCAAAGACAAUGGGCCCUGCAAGCAGGUGUGCAGCAUCAUUGGGAACUCAGCCAUGUGUUCCUGCUUUCCGGGCAAUGGCAUCAUGGCAGAUGGUGUGUCCUGUGAAGACCACAACGAGUGCCUGAUGGGUGCUCAUGAUGGUAACUUGUUGGAGACCUGCUCCGACCGAGGUAACUGAUGCCAGUUCUGUGUCAACACUCUGGGAUCCUUCUACUGUGUCAACCACACCAUGCUCUGUGCCGAGGGCUUUAUCCUCAAUGCACAUAGGAAGUGCAUGGACAUCAAUGAGUGUGUGACAAACCUGCACACGUGCAGUCAGGGUGAGCACUGUGUGAACACUCUGGGCUCCUUCCACUGCCUGAAGGCCCUCACCUGUGAGCCAGGUUUUGCCCUCAAGGAUGGAGAGUGUGAAGGUGAAAGGGGCCGCUGGAAGAGCCCACAGAUGGUAGUGGCCUGGGUGCAGUGCAGAAGACUCCGCACCUGCCAGGCUGGCUUUUCAUGCCAAAACACCAAGGGAUCCUUCUACUAACAGGCCCGGCAGUGCUGCAUGGAAGGCGUCCUGCAUUACCCUGAGGGAAACGGCGUGGAUAUCAACAAGUGCACAUCGCUGUCUGAGCCGUGUCAAUUGGUCUUCAGCUGCAUCAACACCGUGGGCUCCUACACCUGCCAGAGGAACCUGCUGGUCUGCAGGCAUGACUACCACGCCAGUGAGGAUGGGGCCAAGUGUGUGGACGUGAAUGAGUGUGAGACAGGCGUACACCACUGCGGCGAGGACCAGGUUUGCCACAACCUCCCUGGCUCCUACUGCUGUGACUGCAAAGCCGGCUUUCAGUGGGAUGCCUUCGGCCGCACCUGCAUCUAUGUGAAUGAGUGCUGGACCUUGCCAGGCCAUCUGUGCCAGCACACGUGCGAGAACACAGUCAGCUCCUGCCGCUGUUCCUGUACCUCUGGCUUCCUGCUGGCCGCUGACGGCAAGUACUGCGAAGACAUGAACAAGUGCGAGGCCCAGUGCUGCUGCCAGGAGUCUGCCAACAUCUACGGCUCUUACCAGCGCUACUGCCACCAGGGCAAUAAAAAAAAGUUCUCAAAGGGAAACAUUUUGCUGAUUUGGAAGAGGUCUCCCCUGGUCUGCGUCCUUGACACUUCUCUGAGCCAGUGGGUUUUUCCUCAUCCCCACUUCUGCACGCUGAGUUGUGGCUGGCACUUCGCCUCUGAUGAGGCCGCCAUGGCAGCCCCGGCACAGGGCCUGGUCCAGCGCCCAUACCUGGAUGAGUGUGCACUGGGCACCCACAACUGUUCCGAGGCUGAGACCUGCCACGACAUCCAGGGGAGCUUCCGCAGCCUGCACUUUGAGUGUCCUCCAAACUACAUCCGAGUCUCCAGUACAUGAUGCGAGUGCAUCGCAUGCCAUGACUUCGUGGAGUGCCAGAACUCGCCAGUGCGCAUCACGCCCUACCAGCUCAACUUCCAGUUGGGCCUCCUGGUGCCCACGCACAUCUUCCGCAUCUGCCUUGCACUGGCCUUCAUGGGGGACACCAUUGCUCUGUCCAUCAUCAAGGGCAACGAGGAGAGCUACUUUGGCACAUGCUGGCUGAAUGCCUACACGGGUGUGGUCUACUGGCAGCACUCAGUGCUGAAGCCCUGGGACAUCACCCUGGAUGUGGAGAUGAAGCUUUGGUGGCAGGGCUCCAUGACCACCUUCCUGGAAAUGCACAUCUUCUUCACGGCCUUUGCCCUGUGA